GACGAAGGCGACGACGGCGUCUCGCACACGCCGAAGGGUUGGCGGAUUUCCCUCUCUUCUCGCAGGGUUCCGCGGGGUUCCGCGGGGUUUGCCCGCGGGUGUCUUGUGGAUUGUCCCGUGGGUUGUCCCAUGGGCUCUCCGGGUGCCUCUUGCUGGCAUCUGGCCUCUGGUCUCUUUGAGGAGGCCUGGCGCAGGCUCCCUUGAGCCAGGUGCAUCGGCGGUGGGUGGCCGCAGCGGCGAUGAAACAGCAGCGGCACAGACCCUGGUGGUCGACGCGCCAUGCUUCCUCCCAUAAGUUUCUUUCAACUGUCCCAGAAGGAUCCUCAUCAUUAUCGCAGGUUGGGUCCGUAGCCAUUUUGGCUCAAGCUUUUUCUGGCACAAGCGUUGGACCAGACGCGCCGCAAGGCCCGGUCAGCGAUGAGCUUCAUGGGCGCCCGUGGCGGAUCUUUCAUGGCGGCGGGCCCGCACGGUGGCUGGGCCGCGGGCUCCCGCGGGGCCUUCGCCAGCGGGGGCGCCUACCCUGGGAUGGGCUACGCCGGUGGUGGAGGGGGGUGCUGCGGAGGCGUGGGCUGCGGCAACAGCUGCGGCGCGGACGGGUGCGGAGUGGGCGUGGCGCCCGCGUGCGGUGACGCGUGCUGCGGGGUCGCGGGCGCCAGUUGCGGGGGCAUCGCUGGAACGACGAUGUCGUAUGUGGGCAUGGGCGGCGAUUACAUCGCCACGACCACUUACCAGUACGUGGGCCAGGGUGCUGGCACCUUCACCGUGGUGCCGAUCCCCGCGGCCGGGUGCAGCCCAUGGUGGCUCUGCUGCUUCCUGCCGCUGCUCUUGACCCCCCUCCUCUUCUUCGCGGGGACCACCACCACCACGACCACGACCACAACGGCCCCCCCCAUCAUCACCACGCCGCCUCCGGACGUCGUGCCUACGCCGCCGCCGAAGGAGUGCUGCAUCGACAUGUGCAACUGUGCCCGCGAUGGGACGCAGUGUGACGAUGACUGUGGCUCCGAGAAGUGUACCGAUUUCGACGACUGUGAUGAGAAGGGCAUCUGCAUCACGGGCACUCCCGAAUGCGAGAACCCCACGCCGGCGCCGCCGCCGCAGGGGCCCCAGAGGCACUGCAGGAUCUUCGGUGACCCGCACGUGGUGACGUUUGACGGGCAGUCAGCAAGCUUCUACUCUCAGGGCGAGUACUGGACUGUGAAGAGCACCACCGUCUGGAUGCAGGGCCGCUACAUGCCGACUCCGGUGACCAACGGCCUCUCCGUCAUGAAGGAGAUCGCGAUCGGCGGGCCCUUCCUGGAGGGCAAGGACGGCACGAAGAACGUCCUCCGCAUCUCCUCCCUCAGAGCGACCUUCAACGACAUCCCCAUCAUCUCCGGCUUUCCGGACGCCUGGGAGAACCAGGACCCGAUGAUCAAGGUUGUCACCGACGGCAGCGGGCAGGUGAUGCAAUCGAGCCGCCACGGCAAGGACAUGCGCGUCGUGCACGUGGACUUGCCGCUCAACGUCCACCUGGAGAUCAACCGCUGGAACGAGCCGGGCGAGGGGGAUUACAUCAACACGAUGAUCACCAUGAGCAUGCAGCCCAACCAAGACGGCCACUGUGGAAAUUUCAACGGUGUGCUUGAAGACGACACCAGGCCGGCAAUCCGCGCCCGCAUCGGCACCACGGGUGUCCCGCAAGGGGAACUGCUCUUCCACACCAAGACCCCUGUGACGCCCGCGAACCGGCCCGACCUCAACAAUUGCCCGAUCGACAAGACUGAGAGGGCCGAGGAGCUCUGCACGGGGAAGUCUAAGACCGGCAUUCCCAACAAAGACUGCAUGAUCGACGUGUGCUUCGGAGGGGAGCACUUCGCAGACAUGACCGACUACGACUAAUUAGGCGAGGGACGGCGCGCAAAGACACUCGCGAGCCAUGCUGCUCUGCCGCAUCUCGUGGAGGUGUCAUGUCGUGCACUGUAACCAGGCAGAGGCAAACGGCGCCGGCGCCCCCGAGUCAGGCUCACCGCUCCGCCGCAUUUUUUUUGCUCACCGCCGGCGGCUCGAAGCUGCGUGGCCAUGGGAAGGGCAAGGGUUAUCCGCAGGGGCUGGACAAAGCUGCCUUUCUCAGCGGGGAAGCUCGCAGACCAUGUUCUCCGUUUCUGUAAGCAUGGGUUGAGAGGUGAAACAAAUCAUUCUCGAAGGUUGUGGAGAGGGGGCAAGAACAAAGUGACCCCAGCCAGGGACUCGAUUCCGGUUCCGGCUCGUGUCGAGCGUGUGUGCGAGGCGCAGCUGCGAGGGCCCUGGUGCCAAGCCGGGCAACCUGUUGUGAAGGCCUUACGGCCGUUGCCGCCGAC